AUGAGCUUCCCAGAACUCGCAAUCUAUGCCCUUGGCCUUGCUUGCAUUGCUAGAAACAUAAUGGCCUUCACCAACCCGCAGGCUGAGUAUGCACUCAAUGGACUAAGGCAUACCACCACUUCGAAGGAUGAUCCAAGCUCAGAGCCUAUCUACAUGUUGGGCACUUGGGAGGCGUCAGUUGGUAGCCUCUUGUUGGUACAUCAGAUGAACGGAAACAGCAAUGGCGUCAUCACGCUCCUGGGGUUGAUGGGCUUGUACAAAGCUGGCGUUGCGAUACUACUUUGCAAGGUUGGAAGCGCCGCAAGUAAGGUUGCAGGGAAUCUGGCUACGGCUGUUUUCCUUUUCAUCUGGGCUGUUCUGAAAAGCUGA